AUGGGAGCCCUUCAACGCCGCAUUCCCCGGGUGCACGUCGCAUCGCUGCAGCUGCAAGGAUCGCCGCUGUCGUCGGGUGCGUCGCUCUGCUCGCCGCGCUCUGCCUCCUCGAGCCGCGCCGAGCUGGCCUUGCGACACGCGCUGAUGGUGCCGCCGAAAGCAGCAGCAGCAGCAGCAGCAGCAGCAGCAGCAGCAGCGCGGCUGUUAAUGGGUGCAGUGGGGCAGCAAAUGGCGCCGCAGUUCGUGGUGUCGGUGGGGGACAACUUCUACGACGAGGGGCUGACGGACGUGAACGACGACGAGUUCGCGCGCUCCUUCACCAACAUCUACACGCACCGCACCCUGCAGGUCCCCUGGUAUGCAGUGCUGGGCAACCACGACUACUACGGCAACGUUCUCGCUCAGCUGCACCCAGCCCUCGCCAACAGGGACCCGCGCUGGGUGUGCCGCCGCAGCAUGGCGCUCUCGCUUCCGCUCUGCCCCUCCGCCAGUGUUGACUGCGUUGACCUGGUUGACCUGUUCCUAUACGACACCACGCCCCUCGUGCCCGCGUACCGCCACAAGAAGGGGCGGCGCGUGGACUGGCGCGGACUCAACUCCGCCAAUUGGACGCUGCAGGAGGCCGCGCAGCUGCAGGAGCUGGAGGGGUGGCUGGGCAACUCGCGGGCGCGGUGGAAGGUGGUGGUGGGGCACCACCCGGUGUUCAGCUACGGGCACCACGGCGACCAGCAGGAGAUGAUCGACCGCGUCAAGCCGCUGCUCGAGCGGUACGGAGUGGACGCAUAUCUGAACGGCCACGACCACGACAUGCAGCAUGUGAAGAGGGAUGACAGUCCAGUGCACUAUUUCACGGUGGGAGGCGGUUCCAAGGCGUGGCGCAGCGACGCCCCCUCAGAAGCCCCCGGGCUGCGCUUCUACUUCCCAGGCCAGGGCUUCAGUGCCCUGCAAGUGGACAGAGACCGCCUCUCAGUCACCUUCUAUGGCGUGGACGGCCAGCAAAUGUACUCCACCACUCUGGAAAAAUGA